AUGAUGUCCAAGUUGAGCCUCGUGCGCCAACCGCUCGUCCGUGCGCAGUCGUCAAUGGUUGCUGCUGUAUCCAACUACCCAUCGUACGUGCUGAACGCGCCGGCCACUGAGGUGACGACGUUGCCCAGCGGCCUGCGUGUGGCCUCCGAGGGCUCGCACGGCGAAACGGCCACCGUGGGCGUAUGGAUCGGUGCCGGCUCUCGCUAUGAGACGGCGCAGAAUAACGGUGCUGCACAUUUCUUGGAGCAUAUGGCUUUCAAGGGCACGAGUAAACGUACGCAGCAGCAGCUGGAGCUCGAGAUCGAGAACAUGGGCGGUCAUCUUAACGCCUACACGAGCCGCGAACAGACUGUGUAUUACGCCAAGGUGUUUAAGAAAGACGUUCCUCGUGCUAUGGAUAUCCUCAGCGAUAUUCUACAGAACUCAAAGCUAGACGAGGCUGCCAUUGAGCGCGAGCGCGACGUCAUCCUUCGUGAGAUGGAGGAGGUUAACAAGCAGCAGGAAGAAGUUGUCUUCGACCGCCUCCAUGAGACCGCCUUCAUGGGCAACGGCCUCGGCCGCACCAUUCUCGGACCCACUGAGAAUAUCCGGAAUCUUAAGAAGUCGGACCUGCAGAACUACAUUGCCACGCACUACACAGCCCCGCGCAUGGUGAUUGCUGGUGCUGGUGCUGUGGACCACUUGCAGCUAGUGGAGCUGGCCCAGAAUUCUUUUGGCAACCUUCCUGCAACCCCCGCUGUGGCUCCCACGCUCGAGCCAGUGCGCUUUGUCGGCUCAGAUGUGCGUAUCAAAGAUGACAGCAUGCCUCUGGCUCACGUUGCCAUUGCCUUCGAGGGCUUCAGCUGGACUAGCGAGCACUCGUUCCCCCUGCUGAUCAUGCAGACGCUGCUCGGUAGCUGGGACCGCACCUCUGGCGCUGGCAUGAACAUGUCAUCGAAGCUCGGCCAGGUGGUCGCUGAGAAGGAGCUUGCUCAUUCCUACAUGUCCUUCAACACGUGCUACCAGGACACGGGUCUGUUCGGUGUGUACGCUGUUGCCGACAAGUACAAGCUGAACGACCUGACGUGGUACACGAUGGAGGCCCUAGUGCGUCUUGUGCACAAGACCACGGACGAUGAGGUUGAGCGUGCCAAGACGCAGCUGAAGGCCAACAUGCUGAUGCAGCUUGACGGCUCGUCGCCAAUCUGCGAGGACAUAGGUCGCCAGAUGUUGACAUACGGCCGCCGCAUGACCCCCGCUGAGAUCUUCGCUCGCAUUGAUGCUGUGGAUGCCGCUGCUGUCCGUAAAACGGCUGACGAGGUCGUCAACGAUAAGGAGCACGCUCUGGCUGCUACAGGUCCAAUCCAUGAGCUGCCAGACUAUAACUUCAUCCGUCGUCGCUCGUACUGGCUGCGAUACUAG